AUGCAUCGAGAUAAUCCGUAUCUCAUCAAGAAACCAGAUUUUGCUAGACUUGCAUCACGCUUCCCUGAUUUCGCUCAAUAUGUAAAUAUAUCUGAAGAUGGUGCUGCGUACAUCGACUUUCAAGAUGCAUCGGCACUUCGAUCGUUGACUCGAUGCCUACUCAGAGAUGAUUGGGAUUUAGAAGUGAAUUUCAGAGAAGAUAGACUGUGUCCUACUCUCGCCAAUAGACUCGAUUAUCUACUUCAUAUCCUUGACCUCGAACCUCAUUUGCCGUCUUCAUCAUCUUCACGCCUUUUACGUGUUUUAGAUAUUGGUACAGGCGCAUCAGCGAUCUAUCCUAUACUUUUACUUCGUCUUCGUCCAAAUGCGAUCAUCACUGCAACAGAGCUGGAUGAGACGUCCUACAAUCAUUCACUAUCGGUGCUCGCACAGAAUGACAUCCCUUCAACAUCGAUAAAUAUCCUCCAGGCUCCAUCAUCUGACCCUAUUUUAUUUCCUAUACUGAAUGAGGAAGAUCAAUGGGAUAUAACGAUAUGUAACCCGCCUUUCUUUGGCUCAGAGGAAGAGAUCAAGCAAGGUCAAGAAGGGAAAGAACAUUCCGCGCACUCUGCUCCUACGGCUUCGAUGAAUGAACUGAUUACGCCAGGAGGAGAAGUCGCCUUUGUAGGGAAGAUGAUUAAGGAGAGUAUGAAAAUUGGUGAUAGAUGCCGGUGGUAUACAUCUUUAAUAGGAAAAUACUCAAGUUUAUCACCUUUGGUAGAACUCCUCAAAGUAAAUAAGAUCGAUAAUUACUUACUUAAGAAUAUAAGACAAUCUAAAACUACUCGUUGGAUCUUAGGUUGGUCCCAUUGUUCAAACAGGUUACCAGAUAACCUCGCUAGACCAGAAGACGUCAUUUCAAAUACAUCCUUUUCGAGAUUGUUGCCGCAUCCAAAUACAUUUCAUCAUAAACCGCAGCCCUCAAUACCUCUUGAAGAGCUGAAAGAGAAGAUUUUACAAGUUUUACAGGGCAUUCAACUUGAUCAUUCCAGUGUAUCUCAUCAGGCGGAUUGUCAAGAAGCGGACGACAAACUGAUGUACAUACAACCAAUGAUCAAUACUUGGUCGAGAUCAGCACGCAGAGCUGUUUUACGCCAGCAAGAUCAAGCCACCACUACUCCAGCUUCGCUUAUCAAUGCUAAUGAGACCAGCGACACCCCGUUGUUCAAAGCAAGGAUCUCAUUCAUACCUCCAUUAACAGCCAAAGAUCAUUCAUCAAUCUCUCUAGACUGGAUGGAAGGUCGAGAUCGUACAAUGGUAGAAGGAUUGUGGAAGUUCUUGCUAAGUAAGGCUGAAUUAAUAGGUAAGAAAAAAGUGGUGGAUUCAGGAUAUGGUGGAAGACUGGGUAGCGGAGUUUGGGAAAGAGGUAGAGGUAGAGCAGGUAAAAGUUGGAGUAAAGGUAGGGCGGCGGGUAGAGAGAAGCACGGAGAGGAAGAAGAAGAAGGACUGAAUGAAGGUAGACGUUAUGGACAGAGAAGGAGAUUAGGUUAA